CUAAAGCUUCCUUUCAUCCUUGUCUUGUAAUCUGAUUUUCUCCAUUGACCUCCUGUUCUUGUCUUUACUACAAACACAACAGCCAAUCAGAUUAUUAGACAGUUACUAACUACAGCCAAUCACAUUAGACAAGCAUUUGCAAGCCAUAUGCUGCUCAUCUUAAUAAUAAUAAAAAUCUUUUAGCAUUUAUUAGUUCAUCAGACAGUCAAUGAUCUGUGUUAUUUGUUUCUGGAAAAUAUGAAAUAUUUCCAUUUAUACACAGUUUAUUUGUAAUUGAGAAAUGCUGUGAGACCGACAGGAACUCAUUUGAGAGGAGGAGGUGCAGAGAGAGAUUAAGAAGAUUAAAGGUGGACUGAUGAGGCAGCGUCUUUACAAGAAAAAGAGAAACUAACAAACAGUUCUAAAACAAGAGAGUUUUUUACACUGCUGAUGAUGAGUUGACUACGAGGAAGAUAGCAGUGCAGGAAAAGACAGACCUGUUGAGGGAAUAUGAAUGACACAGACAGGUGCUGAGAGGAGGAUUAACAAACACUCACUAAAGCUCUAUGCAAAGCGCAGGAGACGCACAGACACUCCUACAGGAUAAGAAAAUAUGUCCCACUGCCUUCCACUGUGGUGACAUCACUUCCUGAAUGCCUCAGCUCAUAAAGGCAGUGAUUAGUUGGAGCUGUUAGUUCUCAUAAUGUCAUUGACAGUGGAUGAGACAGCAGGUGACCUCCCCGUGAGGGACGUGGGCUUGAGAGCAGGACUGAUAACUGUUCUCACAGACACAGAUCAAGACACCAGAAGCUGGAGAAGACCACCACACGUGCUCAAGAUAAAGGAUCGUCAGCGGUUGUUCAGGAUACCACGCGAGCAGCUGGAAGACCAGUGUCUCCGUCUACUGGAGGAGAACACACUUCUCAAACAACACAGCCACACACAAGACCAAAAACUACGCAGGUUGUCAACUAAACUGCUGCGAUUAAAGCACGGACCUUCGUCUGCAGGGAGGGAUGGAGAGCUGGAGGACACUAUUGAAGAGCUUGAAGCUCGUGUAGCAACUCUAGAGAGCCAGAAGGGGGCGCUGCAGAGUAAACUACAUUUAGCCAAGCAACACAUCUUAGACCUGAGUGUCAGAACACAUAAUAGGCCACGAACAGGGCGAGGUGUGGAUGGAGAUGGAGGUGUCAGACGAGCUGCUCAAACCGCUCCUGCCCGUUGUGGCAUCAGUUCACUGGACGACACUAGAGUAGAGAUAGACAGAUUCAGAUCUGCCAUCAUAGAAACCCAGCAUGGGAGGGUGGCAGAGCAAGAGUUGACAGCUCAGUCCCUUAGAGAAAUGCUCAGAGACAAAGAGAAAGAAAUAGAGGGUAUUGUGAAAGACCUGCGCAAACAACAAGCCGACGGACACAGACUUACUAUAAAAGAUAAUGUAGAUGUGAUCAGAUUGCAGAAGCAGCUCUCUGAAAAGAGCUCCGCCCUUCUGGUCGUUCAGGAAAAGUUUGCUGCUCUUCAGGAGGCUUACGAGAACCAGCUGGAGGAGGGCCAAAGGUCUUUAAAAGAGAGCCAAGUAGCACUGCUGGAGAAGGUGGAGGAACUGAGUGAGCAGCUGAAACAAGAGAAGCAGAGAGUGCUAACACUUGAGGGCCAGCUCAACGCUGCCACACUUUCACUGCAAGCUUUGGGGGAGCUUCAGGAGAGGGUUGCAGACCUGGAGGGGGAGAGGAACCUCUUGAAGAAGAGCUAUGAUUCACUUCUGGAGAGCACUAUGUCUACCCAGAGCCAUCAAGAAGGACAACAUGAGGAACAUGAGAAAACAAGGGAACAGUUUAGAGAAGAUAGGUGGAGAGAGGAGGUACAGAAACUUGAAGAAAGACUGGAGGAACAAAGGAGAGAAAAGAAAAUGCUGGAGCAGGAGAAGGAACAGAUGAGAUAUGAGAAUGAUCGAGUUCAGAAGGAGAAGGAGCGAGAUAGAGGAAUGGUUGUGUUCCUGAGAGAAAAACAUGACUGCUUGGAGCAAGAAGUCCUGCAGCACAGACAGGAAGUCACAUCUUUGCAAGAGAAACUGGACUCUGUUACAAAAGAGUUUGAUAUGAGUGUGGAAGAUCUGAGUGAGACUCUGCUGCAGAUUAAGGCCUUCAGAGUGCAGCAGGAGACUCAAGGGGUGAUGUCCUUCUUGAAAACAGAUGGAAAGUUUGAAGACACAUCAAGGGAUUUGACUGCAGUACAAGCAUCAUAUGCAGAAACUGUUUUAGAACUCCAGAAAACCAGGGACUUAUUAUUAAUGCAGCAUCGCCUAAAUGCUGACCUCCAGAACGAGAUGAAGACAGUUAUGGAGAAAUCUGAAAGAGAGAGGGAGGAGAAUAGGAAGAGAACAGGUGAAAAAGACAAAUUGUUGAAAAGCAGAAGCCUUCAAAUCAGCAAUUUACAAGCUCAACUCAAAGAGUUAGCAUACAGCCCUAGAAACAAUAAGCAGACCAUGCCCAUGCAGUACACCUGGACAGAGCUGGCACAAGAGUCAGUCCAGCCUACAGCAGAGGGCACCAAAAUCACACAUCUGCGUGGAGGAGAAUCUCUUCUGGAGAUCCAUCUCACAGGAGCCACCUUUACACCGCUGGGAUUGAGACUCAUGGGACAAGGCACAGGAGAUCAUCAAGGGGUUGCGACAUUUUGCACCUAUGGCUUUCUUGACUUUGAAACCCUCUCAACUUCAUUAAUGUCAGGUGGUCAGCCAAAUUAUGGUUUCACGUCGCAUUACGCCCUCUCUGCCUUCGACCUGGAGAAGCUCAGUGUUCAUGGUGGGUCCAUCACUGUUGAACUGCACCAAGCUCUUGGAGGGGUACAAUUUAUAACCCGUGGGAGAGCGAGGAUCACUCUGAUGGGAGCGAUACAGUGCAGAGGUGAACGAAUGAAAAACAGAACCAACAUCACAGGAGCUGAAGGAGAAGUAAUAGGAAUCCUUGAGUUUUGGGUGUGUUUACACCCUCAGGUGGAACUCACAGAACCUCAAAUGGAAAGAGCCACAAGCAGAACAGCUGUUAGACAGACCAGAGGUUUGGAAUGGGCUCAUGGGGAAACAGAGGAGAUGUAUGAUUACGGCGUAGGGAUACCCAAUGAGCUUGAGGUGGUACUGGAGCGCUGUGUGGGCCUCAGUACCCGCUGGCCAGGAAUACUCCCUGAUGCAUACUUAACGUAUCGCCUUUAUGACCUACCACCUCAUUCUACACCCAUAAUUCAGUGCUGUGUGGAUCCUGUCUUUGAGGACUCAGCGAGCUAUCCGUUAGCUGUUACCACAGAUGUAUUAGAAUACCUGAAUGUGGGCAGUCUGUGGGUUUAUGUGUUUGAUGACAGCGAAAGUCAGACUCCUCCCACUUAUUUGGCAAAGACACCAAUUCCACUACGAGCCCUUGCAGUAGGCAGACCAAUCAGAGGUGAUUAUGUGCUUAGAGACCCUGCUGGCAGUCCAAGAGGAAUGGUAAGGGUCACUCUCAGGUGGAAAUACCCCUUCCAGUCACCUGAGACACCAUCAAGGCAAAGAGAAGGAACAAAGAAAGAGAGGAUGGUGCAGAGCACUGAGGUGUCACAGAGACCAAUUGCAAAGCCCAGGUCCCAGCUUCGGCUUCCACCAGACCAUGGAGCCAAGACCAAUGACAUUCACCCAUCCACACCCAUUAGAAACCUUAAAAGAGGUUCAAUCUUACCCCUUCAGUCUCCAACCAUUCAGGUGUCUGAACCCUCUUCGAAUCAUCAGAAACCUCUAUCUAGUGCAGGCCAACCAUCAAGGUCAGUUAGAAGGAAGCAACAACGCACUGCAGCAUUACCUGUUCAGGAAAAAGUGAAACCUACAACACCCACCAUGUCUAUUAAGUCAGCUGAGUCCAAACAAUUUAUGGACUUCAGACCAUCUUCCUCAGAGCUGAGCACCCCUCGCAGCCAAAGGAGCUUUCGAAGCAACUCAGAACAGGAAGAUGAAGAACAAGAGGAUGAAACAGAAGAUAGAACUCAAAGUGAUGUAGACGCCCUUCAGUCUGAUGAAUCAAGAGAUUCAAAUGGAAGUGAUGUCAUCAUAAUCCCUCACCCUCCAAAGCCACAUAAAAAGGGAGACAGACUCAGAGUGGAAAUCCUGUCACUCUCUUUUAACCCUUCUUCCAGUGUUGCACUUGACCAUUCAGUGCACCAGGUGUAUGUAGAAUAUCGUCUUCUAGGUAUUCCAAUGGAGACAACAGAAACGCCCAUGUCUCUGCGUAAACCAACAGACGGGGAGGAAAUACAUUAUAACUUUACACGAGUUAUUCAUGUGAAUUCAUUGGAAGCAGCUCCUCUGAGACAUUACCUCUACACCAUGCUGGAAGGCACUGACCCCAACCAGGGCAGGUUAAAGUUCACAGUAGUCAGUGAGCCCAUGAAUGAGCAAGAAGAAUGUGAAGAUGUCGGCUAUGCCUUCUUGGAUUUACGAGAACUUCUUCUGACUGGAAAUGAUGUUAUUGAAGAACAGAUUGAUGUUGUCAGCGCAGAUGAAGAGCAGGAUGUGGUUGGAAAGCUGAAAGUAUCUGUAGAGGCCGCACAGGCUCUGACUGGAAUCUAUCAGGAAUAUCAUCAGAUUGUGAAGAGGGAUAGAAGAGAAACCAAAAACAGCACAGAGGAAGAGGAGGAGGCAGGAGUGAUACAGAAAAACAAUGAGUUGCAUGUGCUUGAUUUUGAAGUUGAUGAAGACAGCGAUUUUUACUGAAACUCUACAGUCUGAAUAUAUGCUCAAACCAAGCCAUGGUCUUAUAAGGAACAUCACUGGAUUUUUUUUUUUUUUUUACCCUACAGCAAAAAUGUUGCUCUUGUGACAUUCUGACCUCAGUCUCAACUUAUCAAAUCCUUUGAUAUUGUCAUGUUUCAAUGAUUCUAAAUGUGGAAGUGGUUUUAGCCACAAAAUGAUUUUAUAUUAUAUUAUGGUGCAGUUGGGCAAGAUAAAAAUCUCUAGAGAUGAAGAUGUGGCUUGGAAAAAAAAAGGAAGUGAAAUAACUUCCUUUUGACUUAUUAGCUGAUGUUUUGUUUUCCAUUCUACUGUACUUUAAGCAGAAGAAUGGUUGGGUAAAUUGGGUUCCAACUGUUUCACUCAUGAAUCAUCUUGAAUGAUAAACAACUCAGGUGAGCAGGCUUGUGUUUGUCUGAUUUACACGACAUCAGUCAGCAGCUCCUAGUGUUGCUGGCCAUAUGUUUUCUAAGAAGAAUGAAAAUAAUUUAGCUGCAAGUUCUACAAUAGCCUGAAAUAUGGCAAGAGCUGUAGCAGAUUCGAGGUACCAUUCCUUGUGUCCAGUAUUAAAUCCACAAAUCUAUCUUGGUCAUCUAAGGCAUAAUAAAGCAGCCACUUUGCACCGUUAAAUGGAACAGUUUAUUAAACCUUUAGACAAAAUCUAAAAAAAAUAAAUAAAAAAAAAACCUCUCUCUCUCUAUAUUACGGAAGAGGAUUAGGGCCAAGCAAUAAUAAAAAAAUAAAACCAUCUCGAGAUUAAAGUUGUUAAAUUUC